AUGAAUCUUUCGCUAUCAGAAGAUGAUCUAAGAAGCCCAGCUCUAUUAAAUGCAGAACAAGCAAUAGCUUAUGAUGAAAUUCUUGAAGCUGUUCUAAAUCGAAAAGCCAAAAGCUUCUUUAUCGAUGGACCUAGAGGUACUGGCAAGACAUUUCUUUAUCGAGCUUUACUCGCACAAGUUCGUUCACAACAUCUAAUUGCACUAGCAACAGCCAGCUCUGGUGUUGCAGCAUCAAUUCUACCCAAUGGAAGAACAGCUCAUUCUCGAUUCAAAAUUCCAAUAAAUGCUAAUGGCAAACUCUGCUGUAGCAUUUCAAAGCAGUCUGGCUUGGCUACUCUUAUUAAACAAGCCAUCCUUAUCAUUUGGGAUGAGGCAUCAAUGGCAAAGAAAGAAACAAUUGAAGCUUUGGAUUACCUCCUAGGUGAUCUUACAGAAAAUGAUAUAUUAUUUGGAGGAAAAGUUGUCGUCCUAGGAGGUGAUUUUAGGCAGGUAUUGCCUGUCAUACCAAAAGGAACAAAGAUUGAUUGCAUGAAUGCAAGCUUAGUCAGAUCAUACAUAUGGGAAUCACUCAUCAAAUUCAAACUGAAGGAGAAUAUGCGUGCAAAGACUGAUCCAGCAUUCAGUAGAUACAUUCUCCAAGUUGGAAAUGGUUUGGCAGAGGAAAAUGAAGCAGGAGAAAUCAAAUUACCAUUAUCCUUGAUCCUAAAACCAAACACACAAAUACCACCUCUAGAACAGCUAUUAGAUCCACUUUCUUUAACCAACUCUGCCAUCCUCACACCUAAGAACCAAGCAGUCGAUGAAAUCAAUGAGCUCAUGAUUGGAAAAUUCCCAGGGAAAGAGCAUACAUACUUAAGUUUUGAUGAGACAUCUGAUCCAACUCAACAAGGCCUCUACAUCGAUUUCCUAAAUUCUGUAACACCUCAAGGAAUGCCAUCUCAUCGUUUAAAUCUCAAAAAGAACAGUCCAAUUCUUCUCCUUAGAAACAUAAAUCCAUCCCAAGGAUUAUGUAAUGGCACGAGAUUGAUAUGCAAAGAAUUUAGGAAGCAUUUGAUCAUUGCUCAAAUAGCUGUAGGCGAAAGAAAAGGAGCUACAGUUUUCAUUCCAAGAAUCCCUCUACAGCCAAAUGAUCCCCAACAUUACCCAGUGCAGUUCACACGUCGUCAAUUUCCUAUCAGAACAUGUUUCGCCAUGACAAUAAACAAAGCCCAGGGUCAGACUUUAGCUAUCGUUGGCAUUUAUCUCCCUGAACCAGUCUUCGCACAUGGUCAACUGUAUGUCGCUUUGUCACGAGCAACAAUAGCAACCAAGAUACGAGUGCAUCUCAACCAAUCAGAAAAUCCCAUGUUAUCGUCCUACUGCACUAAGAAUAUCGUAUACAAAGAGCUGCUGGAAGAAGCUAACUGUUCAUAG